UAUAUUUCACAUAACUACAUUUUUGCUAUUUCAUUUGGUUCUGUUAUAAAUUCUCCUGGUGCUAGUAGUGACUCUAAUAAUUAUUUAGAGUUUGGUGCUGUUGUCUCUGAUAUAUAUUUUGUAUUUGGUUCUGCUCUAUCUGGUUUUGCUCUGUCUGGUUUUGCUCCUAAUACAUAUUUUGGGUUUGGGUCUGGAUCUGGUACUGUUGCUUCUAAUACUAAUGCUAUCACUGAUACUAAUCAAUAUGCUACUCCUGAUGCUAAUCGUUAUUCUGCUUCUGAUACUAACCACUAUGCUGCUCCCAAUACUAAUU